AUAUGUUAUGUCAUUUUUUUACAGCAUGAAUGAAGCAUUUUGGGAACUUAACUGUGAUGAAAUGCUUGCGAACGGACAAAUUCAGACAGAGUUGAGCAGUAUGUCCUCAACAAGACUUGGAACUUCACGUUCCCAAGAUGAUGCUAUGGUGCGUUAUUUCUUCCAAAGACCACAAAACGAUCCCUACUUUCAAAGUUACAAUAAACAGUCUCAUUGGGCUUUGGGUGAUGACAGUGUACUUGAAGUUCGUGGAAAUGAAACAGCAGAAUUGGAAAGCGGAUUUCAAGCUUUAGCAUUGGAAGCAGGGCAUCCAUUACAGAUUUCUGCUAAUUCUAAAAAAAUCUGGGGAUUAGAAGACAAUUCAUUAAAAACUGUAGAUAAAGGCAUAUUUGUUGGAGAUCAUUGGCGAGAUACUCCAUGGAGCACUGGUCAUAAUGGAGCUUCAGAGCAUGCCAUGUCACAACCUGUAAUGGUACAGAGACGAAGCGGCUCUUAUCCCGGAAGUGACACCACUAAUCUGUUGUCGCCACGGUCAACAGACACUGGAGGUCUGGGCAUGAAGAUGGUGGAAUAUGUUCUUGGCAGCUCUCCUGUUUCAAAGGAUUUAGAUUCUCAUAUGACACACAUGCACGUUGGUUUAAUGGAUCCAUCAAACGUUUCUCAAGAAAGAGAAAAUGGAAAGGUUAAAUAUGAUAGCGAUUCUAAGAAAAAGCAAUCGGAUGACUCUGGUGUUCAUGGCAAUGGUAUUCUUCAGAAUGGACUUGAUGAGGAAAAAGAGUUCAGUCAUCAAUCUUCUCGUAGUGAUGAUGAUGUAACCAAGUCCUCGGUGAAUGAUAUAACUAAACAUACUUCGAACGACGUGUCGCGAGCAAAUGACAGUUUUGAAUCUGUGGGAAUUGAUCCUUUGCAGUUUGAUUAUCCACACAUUCAUCCUGAUUCUCCAAAUGUUUUAGAUUACCCAGAGAGAAGUGAUAGAACUCCAUUCUUUUCACAAUUGUAUCAUCAACAACGAGGACAGACUCAGUGUUUGCCUAUGCCACCUGUUAAUCAACAACAAUAUCCCAUGUCUACAAAUCAACCGGCACCAAAUCAUGGAGUGCCACCUGCCACUCCAACUGCCGCACCCUAUUCAUCUGUACCUUAUGUACCAAAUCAAGAUCCUUACAAUUCUUUGGGCACUGUAAUGUCAGGUCCCGCAGCAGUCAUGCCACAGUAUUAUGGGAUGUCUCCAUGGGGUAUGUUUCCGCCGGGAAGCAUGAUGACAGGAAAUCGAGGACAGCCGCAAGAUCCUUCUCUGCAAUUAAUGUCCAAUGGAAGAGCACCAGGAGCAACUGGAGAAAAUUUGUCUCAGACAGGAGUGACAAUAUCAUCAAAUCUACAAGAGUCUGGUGGACAGUAUCAGCUACUGGGCCCUCCUUAUUUCAAUCAAAUGAUGAGUAAUACCAGACCUCCCAUGAGAUUAAUGCCUCCCAUGCUUGUAAAUCCAGCUUCAAACCCUGCUAAUACACCUGGUAAAUACAUUGAAAAUUUUCAUUUAGGUGGACAGUAUCAGCUACUGGGCCCUCCUUAUUUCAAUCAAAUGAUGAGUAAUACCAGACCUCCCAUGAGAUUAAUGCCUCCCAUGCUUGUAAAUCCAGCUUCAAACCCUGCUAAUACACCUGGAAAUUUUAAUAAUAGCGGAAUGCAUUUACUUAAUUCUCAAAGUCAAAGUUCGAGUUUAUUUUCAAACAAUCCAUUAUAUUCUUCUCCGACAAAUCUUAAUUACAGUCCUGCGUCUUCUAACAUUGGUUUCACAGGCAAUCAGUUGGGUCUGGGCCUGGGACAGACACAGACAAACACGGGAUUUGGAAAUAAUACAUUUGGUACAUCUAAUAUUGGUGGAAUUGAUACAGGAAUUGGUGGUAAUACGAAUUCACCACUGUGUGACACAUUUGACUGUUGGGAUAAUUCAGGAGUUCGAAGUGCGGCUGGCAAUGGUUUUGGAACUAAUUUAGAAAAUCACUUUUCUCAGCAAGGGCCAAAAAAUACUUUUGGUACAGUCGCUUUACCACAGAGGCUAGGUCCCAUUGGUAUGUUACCACCGAGUCAAACUCCUCCUCCUUCAUCACUGAAUGGUUCAUGCAAUAAUUUAAAUUUAGGAUGCAUGGUGUCAGCUGCUCCAGGUGCAGAGGCAAAAUACUUAGUAAGAAAUUCUCCUUUAACCAAUGUGUUUGGUUCUUCACAUUCUCUGUUUUUGAAUAAUAGUACUCUUCAAAGAAAAAAUAAUAAUUUUAUUAGGUCUAAUGUCACUGACAGCCUUUCUACUAUGGAGAAAAGAAACAAUUCUAGAAUUCCAAGAGUUGAACCAAUGUGUAAUGGAUGUAGUUUGGAAAAACCAGGAGGUAGAAGUCGUCUGCUAGAAGAUUUUCGCAACAAUAGAUACCCAAAUUUACAGCUGCAUGACUUGGGUAAUCACAUUGUUGAAUUUUCACAAGAUCAGCAUGGUUCAAGAUUUAUUCAGCAGAAGCUAGAAAGUGCAACAGCUCCAGAGAAACAACUUGUUUUUAAUGAAAUUUUAAAUGCAGCUUACAAUCUAAUGACUGAUGUUUUUGGAAACUACGUCAUUCAGAAGUUCUUCGAAUUUGGUACAACAGAACAGAAACAGUCACUUGCAGAAAAAGUUAAAGGAAAUGUUUUACCUUUAGCUUUGCAGAUGUAUGGCUGUCGUGUAAUUCAAAAAGCAUUAGAAUCUGUUUCACCUGAACAACAGACGGAAAUAGUAAAAGAAUUAGAUGGUCAUGUUCUGAAAUGUGUAAAAGAUCAAAAUGGUAAUCAUGUUGUUCAGAAGUGCAUUGAAUGCGUUGAUCCAUUGGCUUUACAGUUUAUAAUUAAUGCAUUUAGAGGACAGGUUUUUCCGCUUUCAACACACCCAUAUGGCUGUCGGGUUAUACAGAGGAUUUUAGAACAUUGUGUCAGUGAACAGACUUCUCCAGUUUUAAGUGAAAUCCAUCAACAUACUGAAGAAUUAGUUCAAGAUCAAUAUGGUAAUUAUGUUGUCCAACAUGUUUUGGAAAGAGGUUGUCAAGAGGAUAAAAGUAAAAUAGUGGCUGUUGUUCGGGGCAAGGUUUUACAGUUGUCUCAACACAAAUUUGCCAGCAAUGUUGUGGAAAAAUGUGUUACUUAUGCCUCUAGAAAUGAAAGAAAUAUGCUGAUAGAAGAAGUGUCUACUUUAAAUGAUGGUCCUCACAGUGCCUUGUACACAAUGAUGAAAGACCAAUAUGCUAACUAUGUUGUUCAAAAAAUGAUUGAAGUAGCCGAACCGCCACAGAGAAAAUUGCUGCUAAAUAAGAUCCGUCCACAUAUCCCUGCCCUACGCAAAUACACUUAUGGAAAGCAUAUCCUGGCUAAACUGGAAAAGAAUAUAAUGAAGAACAGUGAUCAUGGACCAACUCCAAACGGAGUUAUUUAGAGUAAUCAUAAACUGUUCAGACCAGUAUUUACAUUCAAAAAUAUCAAUAUAAUAUUAAUAACAUUUAAACAAAGUGUAGGAAGUGAAGAAUUUUUAAUUGUCUCAAUGGUAUGUGAUUUAGACAUCUGUUAAUAUUUGGAGUGGUGAAUGUUGUAGUUUGUGUAUUAGAAAGAAUUGACUAAAGAUCGAGUAUAUAGGAACAAAUUAUCUAUUGUUCGUCCGUUUACUUAAUGUUCGGCCGUAAUCUGUAAAUUAAACUUCCAACUAAAAUAAUCUCAAAAUAAUAUCAAAAUUUAAAUUAAUUGUGGGUCAGCAUAGAUUUGUUUUUGGAAGAAACUUUGAAAAGCCAGAGUUAUAUUAAUGAACAAAAAUUAAUAAUUCUUUCUAUCACAAUGAGGAGUUCCUACCUCUGCUAGGAACAGGGUUUAAAAAAAUGGGGGAAAACAAAUUGUAUAAAAUCAUCUUCAUAAAAAUUGUAGUAAUUUGUUUUUGAAUCAAUUUGUAUACUCUAUUAAUUUAUCAACAUCAUUUUUUAAUUAUUAUUAUUACAAACAUUUUGUAUUUGAGAGUCUCAUCAAGUUCCUAAUUACUCUGUCAUUCAAGCUUACAGCAUGGGUAGUCUAAUUAAACAGUAGUAUUUCUGCUUCACAAAGUCCCAAUAUUUAUAUGUAAUUUUGGUGCUAACGAACAUUUGGAUAUAUAUAUGGCUACUUUUGAUAUGCGAACAAUAAUUACAAGAUAAUUAGAUAUAAUGUGUUGUAGUUGAUCAUAUAAAACAAAACACCACCUAAUUCAGGCAAUAUUAUCUUAAUUUACUCUCGAAAAUUUUUUGUUGCCAGUAUAAAUAAUCAACCAUGUAUUAUAGAAUUUGUAUAUCUAUAUAAAAUAAUUCUCAUAUCACCAUUAAUAAAGAAUUUUAAAAAAUAAACACAAGAAUCAGUUUCCAGAAUGCUUCUAGAAACAUGAUUUGUGCCAAUAAUUGCACCAAGAGGCUCAAAUAGUAAGAUAUUGAGGAACAGGUGUGAUUUCACAACAGGAAAAAAAUUGCUCAUGGUUCCCAGACUAGUGGUAUCUGCUACUGUGAUCCAGAUUAAUGAUGCCUUGAUCUUGACAUUAUCAGCCCUCAUGUUCCAAAACUGUACAGAAUAACCAGCUUAACAUUUACUUGCUGUAUGAAUGACUGAAGUGAUGGAGUAUUUGCAAUACAACUUGUACAUGACAAAUGUUUUUAUAAAUAUAUUUCACAGAACUGACUUUGUAAAGUCAUACAAAAGAAAAAUAAAAAAGACAACAUCAAUUUUAAAAAAAAAUGCAUUUUUAGUUGAUGUAAUAAUUUUAUUAUAAAAUAAUAAAAGGCGAUGGUGGGUCAGUCUGUUGUCGCCAUUGAUGUUUUCUAACUGCAAAGAAACGGCAGAAUUUAAGCCCCACUUUAGGAAUAAUUGUGUGUUUAUUGUAUUGAUUUAUAAGGUUAAAGAGGAACCAUUAAUUUAUGUUCAUACCGCUUGUAAAAACAUGCAUUUUUAUUCUAUGAAAUUCGUUGUCUUAAAUUGUUUCUAAAUUUUCAUAUAAAAAGAAAACAAUUUUAACAUGCUUCUAACUGCAUAUAUCUAAGAGAAAAUAAGGAAAGUUUGUAAUUAACAGUGGGUCUAGUGUUAUCGAAGUGUGUGCUUGUUUGUCUCUUUGUGUCAUUUAAAUAUGUUGCAAAUACAUUGGAUAAAAAAAAAGUAUAGCAUUUAGAAAUUUGUACAAAAAUUUGUUUCUUAAAUUAAAUUGGUGUUGUGAGACAUUCUAUGGUGAUAGUUUAAAUAAUUGAAUCUGCUGUCCUUAUAUACCAUUUUUCUCUCAUAAAAAAUAGAUUAGUGCUUUACAAAUUUUAUUUGGAUAUAGGCUUCUUUUAUCAAUGCCUAUAUAUUACAGACUUAUAUAUUUCUAAUUAUAAAAUAUACCGAAGCUCGUUUUAUUUCAAAUGCGAAGCUCCUCCCUAGUCCAAUUUCCGAGAUGACGACCUAAAAAAUAAAAGAAAAUAGUACAGAUGUGAACGUGUUGUGCUGUAUUAAUGCUGUACCCUUAGGUGUUUUUUGCUCUGGAUUUCAGUUCUAUAUAAAAAAAAUUAUAUAUAUAUAUAUAUAAUCAUUUGUUAAGGCUAUUUAGUUUCUAUUGGUUUUUAGUCAUUCUGAUUUACAGAUUAGUCAUUUGUAUUGAAGCAUACCAUGUUUAAAAUUUUUUUUUUUAUAAAUAUUAUAUAUACAUAUAUAUAUAACUAUAUAAAUAAUUGUCAGUUUUAUUUAUCCAGAAAAGCAGCAUAAUUCUUUUUUUUCCCAUACUAAACUAAUUUCCCUCCUCACUGUUGCUCUCUCUCUAUCUCUCUCUCUGCUAAAAUUUUGAUGAUAUUUACUAGUGAUAGGAUUUGUUACACGCUGAAUUUCUAAAUUCACUUUUUUGCUCUUUUUGUAUCAUAUAUAAUAAUGGUGUCCACCUGUAUCAGGUUUUUAUUGUAAAUGGUAAAAAUGUGAUCAGAAAAUAGAUUAGAUUUACAAUGGAAAAACAAUAAAAAAAAAUUAUUUAACAUUUCACUGUCUGAGUUUUUUGAAAUUUUUAAGUGCUUCCUUUUUCUUUAUCUGUUGUAACAAAGCUGUGUACAGAUUGUAAAUUUGUAAAUUGCUGAAUCCAUGCUGCUGUUUCUGUCAUGUACAGAUCACUUGUGUUCAGCAUGUAGCAUUCAAUGAGAACUUGUACAUUUUUCAACACUUUUAACGCCAUAUUGUAAAUGUUGUCAUCUCUCUCUGCACAGUGUCGGUUACUGUUACCAUUUAUUGUAGAAAGGUGUCAGAAAUUUGAACAUUAUGUAAAAAAUA